AUGUUGCGGGUUUGGGCUUCUGCGGUCCGGUCCAUUGCGGGGUGCCUGAGACGGUUUAUGGGAGCACAUGUGGGGUGGUCCAUUAUACCUUUGAUCAUAGCUACAAUCUCACCAUCUGCUCAUUCUUUGGAAGAAACUUUAAGCACUUUGGAUUAUGCCUAUCGUGCCAAGAACAUAAAGAAUAAACCUGAGGCAAACCAGAAGCUAUCCAAGGCUGUGUUGCUUAAAGACCUUUACUUGGAGCUUGAGAGAAUGAAAGAAGCACAGGAAAGAUAUGCACAAGAAGAGGCUGAAAAGAAGGCGAGAAUGGAGAGGAUAGAACGGUUGGAGAAUGAUUUAAAUCUCAGUGAAAGUGAAGCUUCCAAGUUCCGUGACCUUUACGUGACGGAGAAAGAAAAGUUACUGGGUGUAGAAAGUGACCUUAAGCAUUGCAAGAGAAACCUAGAUAAUAGUAACAAGGAGUUGCAUGACCUCAAAGAGAAUUAUAUUCAAGUUAUCUCAAAGCUGAAGGAAAGGGAAGCCACCAUCUCCAAAAUGAAAGCCUCAGAGACUACUUUGAUCGACCGUGCAAAGGGGUUACGUUCUGAUUUGCAGCAUGCGUCAAAUGAUAUAAGUUCACUGUUCACAAGACUAGAUCAAAAGGACAAGCUGGAAUCAAAAAACCAGAGCAUGCUUCUGAAAUUUGGUUCCCAGCUUGAUCAAAACCUUAAAGAACUACACAGAACAGUACUUGGAUCAGUGUCUCAGCAACAGCAGCAGUUAAGAACUAUGGAGGAACAUAAUCAUUCAUUUCUCGCUCAUAAAUAUGAUAAUAUGGAAUGCAGUGAUACAUUCAAUGAGAAUACUCCUCCCACAAGUGAACCUGAAUAUAUAUCUUCACUAGGAGCCGCGAUGCAGUGGAACAUUCUCCACAGGUUCAGGUUCUACUCGUUAGUUUAG